CGCCGCCGACUGGUAGUGCGCUCUCAAAAUGGCAGACGGUCUGUGCACGGGAGAAACACUGAGCAAUGUUCUCGAGAAUACAAUAACAAAGCGCAACGACAAUUGCGUGGAAUCAGUGAAAACGGACAGCGCGCUCGACAGUGCUUGUGUCACAGUGGAUACCUUUUAUGGUCGCAGUGAUGGUGCCAAGUUAUAUGGGAAUUUGUGUGUGAAGGGCCCUAAUAAUAAGCAUGAGGAUAUAUUGGAUAUAAAUAUGCCUUCUCCCGCGGAUGAGGACUGCAGGAAAAAGAGAUGCGUCGACAGAUACGACAGCUCCGAAUCCUCAGACAGUGGUGUGGCGAUAUUGAGCUGCACGGAUUGCAGCGGUAGUUCAACAGCUUCAAGUGAUAUAACAGACCCCGGAUCGCCGUUCAGCACUGCCUCUACCCACUCGGAGGAUUCGGGUUCGCAGCCCGCCAAGAUGCCACCGACCCAGACCGCCCAUCAUCCGCCUUGGUCAUCCUGGACAGAGGAGUCUACUAACGGAGUAUCGAACCUGAAGAGGACUUCGCCGUCGUUGAUGACCCAAAGCGGCUGCGGCAUUGCAACCACCUUCUCCAAACGGGCUAAAACCGUGGAUAUUCAACAACAACAACAGCUGCCGCAACAGCAAUCAGCUGUGUUGAUAGCAGCUCCAUUGGUUGCAAGCACAGUAGCAUCAGCAGCAGCAGUAGUAACAAUUCCCACUACCACACCGAUAUGCCUAAAUAACAAUAUCACCUCAAAAAGCGCACAAACCGAGCCUAGUCCUAAGCAGAAGAAAUCCGAGCCCCAGAAUCCGAAACUGCAGCAAGGGAAGAUCACAGAAUACUUCAAAUCGCAAUACAAACCAACGAGCUUGAUCAAGAAGGAGCUCUCUAACAUAAUAAUCAAAACGAACAAUCCAAGCAACCCAAACAAGUAUGUGAACCUAGUCGAAUCAAACAAGAAAAUCGUUCGAGUGCCUCAGAAAGUACCUAUAGAGCGAUUUCCGAAGACGCGCAGCGUACCACGCAAGAUCCUCCCUGCGCCCAGUAAACAACCCAUAGCCCACCCAAUCACCCCCGUCACAGGUUUCCCCCCCAUUAUCACCACACUAAUACCAAACGUAGCCUAUAUACAAACCAAAGCUCCCAAACCUCCUGAUAAUAUAUUUGUCUUGAACGAGAACACCAUACCGUUAGUAAAUCGAGGUGCUUCAUGUAUCAUUCAAUCCCUGCCGAACUUCAAUUGCGUCAAGCUGAACACCACUGCCACAAAUGCAACCACCGUCGUGCCCAUUGUAAAACUUAAUAUGCCUUCGAAGAAUUAUAGUAGUUUUAAUAUGAUCAAUACUGCCGUGCCGACGGUGCUCACUGCCUCCAAACCUAACAUAACGACAUCAUCCCUCAUAACGAAUGCCACCCUCGACGUGAGCCGCCAGUGUAUCACAGCCGAAGAACUGAGUCCGGCCGAUUCUGGCGUGUCCACUGCCAGCAGCCUCCUCGAGGUCCAAGUAGACGAGGCAAAGACUCCCCUCGAACAAGCCCAGAAGUCCCCCAUCCUCUCCCAACCCAAAACUAUACGGUUUCCUGCUAAGGAACGGACCGAACCCAAGGACAAGAUAACCGUCAACGGAGAUGCCGCUACAUGUCAAUGGGAUCAAUGCGUAGCACAAUUCGAUACCAAUGGUGCCUUACUAGAACAUCUACAGGUAAAACAUGUGAUAACUCAAGCAAACCAAGAGCAAUAUGUGUGCCUAUGGCACGGAUGUAAAGUACACGGUAGGAAGUCGUGUUCAAGAUCGUGGCUGGAAAGGCAUGUCCUGGCGCACGCCGGUUCUAAACCUUUCAGGUGCAUCGUAGAUGGAUGCGGUCAAAGGUUUAGUUCACAAUUGGCGCUCGAGAGGCACGUGAAUGGUCACUUCAACACGGAUAGCUCGCAGAACGGAAGUACAAAGAAGUCUGUGGAGAAUAGUUGCGUUAAAUUAUUUAGAAGAAAUGGCAAGAAGAUACGAUUUAGGAGGCAGCCGUGGUCAGCUCGCAUGUUUGAUUUUAUGGAUUCCGGGAUAAUGGAAGGUCUUCAGUACAAAUUACUGUCCAUGACGGAAAAACGGACAAUGGGCCAAUUCUCCAGCGUCGACGGUGAAUCCAUUACACUGCAAAGUCAAAUUUUGGCCAGGCGAGUUGAAGAGGACGGCAUCUCUAAAAUGCUCCUGAGGUGGCAUCCCACUGAUGUAGUUGAUGAUGAGUGGGUAAGCGAAAAAGACUAUAGGGCACAAAAAACAGUAUCGAUACCUAAGCUGCAACCCUCGGCGAAGAAUUCGCUACGGCCCGUGCUAUUCCCCAAGGAAAAGGUGGCCACUACAAGGCAAAAACACAGACGCAAACCUAGUAAGAACACGUGAUAUAUAACCCAAGUUCAAAGCGUUCACGAAGCCUUCAUAAGAAACUUAAGUAAAUAAUUGAAGAAAAAAAAAGACAACAGGGUGUUCAAUGUACUCUCGGAAAAUCAACCCCCUCCCCCAUGAAAGCGAAAAACGACGAGACACAUCUUUAAUCCCUUCCCUUUUUUCACACACAAAAAAAAACACAUUAAUUCAUUCUUCUUCGUUUAUUUCAUAAUGUAAGCAAAUAAC